GCCAUUGUUAAAUCGUGUUACUACUCUUAACACGCACACCAUCUCUAGCUAAAAGAGAAAAAAAAUAAAAAUGAAAAAACAUGUCUGAAAGUCAUACGCUUUUUUCAGAACGAAAUAGCUAAAAAAAAAAAGAUCUGUUGUUUUCGACUUUAUUACUUCAAGUAGCGCAAAAUACAUGUCAAUAUGAUCUAUUACUCAAGAUGGGGUGACAGUCCUGGAAUCAUUCCAUUUUUUUAAUUGCAUAAUGUAACGAAACUUUCCCCCUCCUGGCUGCCCGAUAUUGGCAGGUCGGCGCGUGAUCGUCGGUCCAUGAACUUGGAAAGGAAACGUCAUGAAAUCCGGCAAUAUGAGCGGUUUGACUAAACUACGUGAAAAGGUGUGUAUCAGAAACCCACGCAUAACGUCGAUUCCCAACCACUUAGUUUGCUAUAAAACCUGUCCAAACUUACUUUACCGAUGCAAUCAAAAGUAGACAAAGCUGUGUACGGACGAGUUGCUCAGAUUCAUCUGUGCUCGAGAUGAAGAACUUUUUAUUCUUGGUAGUACUCCUUGCUCUUGUGAGCUGUGUCCUAAACCGCCCUCUCCGUCGACAGCGAGGUCGUGGAAGAAAGGAUAAAAUGAUGAAAUGGGCAACGGGUUAUUUGUAUAACUAUGGUUACCUCAAUUCAGAUGAAAUGGCUUCCGUAAAGGACGAAAAUUCUGCCAUGUUUAAGAAAGCGAUGAGAAGACUUCAACGAUUUGGACAUGUUCCUAUGACAGGAAAAAUCGAUACUGCAACAAUGCAGUUGCUUAAAAAAUCAAGAUGUGGAGUGAAGGACUCAAAUCCAACGACGUCGGAAAGAUCCAAAAGAAAUGUGGGAGAAUUUAAUUUGCAGGGAAGCUUUUGGAGAAAUAGGGAUCUGACCUAUAGAAUCAUUAACUUCACGAACGACGGUAUACCUCCAGAGACACAGAGGCAAGUCUUUCGUAAUGCUUUAGACUUGUGGCAAUCUGCUUCAACAUUACGAUUCACAGAGGUACAAUCGCCGAGUGAUGCGGACAUCCUUAUUAGUUUCGUCACAAGGGAUCAUAGGGACGGAUUCCCAUUCGACGGACCAGGGGGGACAUUGGCUCAUGCGUUCUUUCCCCUCAAUAAUCGAGGUGAGGUGCAUUCCAGGGUGGAGUGGUUUUCUGAUGACAUUACUUUAUACAUUAUUAAAUGUCUCUCUGGUGACGCUCAUUUUGAUGACGAUGAAGAGUUCACCACAGGAACACCCCGAGGUAUCAACCUCGACUGGGUGGCGAUUCACGAGUUUGGACACAGUUUGGGUCUGGCUCAUUCAGACGUACGGGAAGCCAUUAUGUAUCCAUUCUACACAGGUUAUGUCCCGGAUGUCCAGCUCAACAGAGACGAUGUUUUAGGUAUUCAGCAAUUGUAUGGAGCUCCGGUAGUGGCCACAACGGAGGCGCCAACCACCACAGAAUCACCAACUACAACAGAAGCACCAACUACAACAGAAACACCAACUACAACAGAAGCACCAACUACAACAGAAGCACCAACUACAACAGAAGCACCAACUACAACAGAAGCACCAACUACAACAGAAGCACCAACUACAACAGAAGCACCAACUACAACAGAAGCACCAACUACAACAGAAGCACCAACUACAACAGAAGCACCAACUACAACAGAAUCGCCAACCUCCACAGAAUCACCAACUUCAACAGAAUCACCAGCCUCCACAGAGUCACCAGUUACGUCAGAGUUACCAUCUACAACAAAGUUGCGAACGACCACAGAAUCCCCACCUUCAACGGAAAUACCGACUACCACAAAACAGCCUGAUCACCCAGCCUGCUUACCGGGAACUCGUUACGACGCUGUGUUUCGUCUGAACAGAUUGAUGUACUUCUUUUCAGGAGAACAGUUUUGGACAGUCACCAGCUCAUUGGUGAAAAGUGAACCUAAAAAAAUUACAGACGUCUGGAGUGAUGUUGCAUGUCCCGUAGAUGCAGCUUUUCGUAACAGAAAUGGAAAUAUUGUAUUUCUCAAAGGAAGAAGAUAUUGGGAGUACAGAGAUUUUAAUCUCACUUCCACUAACGGAUUUAUUAGUAGCCGGUACAGAUUGUGGCGCCUCACAGGCAGCAUCGAUGCAUCUUUCACCUACAAUACCAGAAGAUCUACAGAGACGUAUUUUCUCAAAGGCAUAAGAUACUGGCGCCUCAGUGGAAGGCAGAAUAGGCGACGACGAUUGUCAGUUGGACGAUUGCCAGAUCGACGUUUGAUAAAUCCUGACGCGGCAAUGACUUGGAUGAAAAACAGAGUUUACAUCUUCAAAGGAGACCGUUACUACAGACUACGACUACCACAGCCUUACCUCAGAAAAAGCCGGCUCAGAGUGGACAGAGGAUAUCCCAAGUCGAUAGCGGCCAAGUGGAUGAGGUGUAGGGAAAGUCAACAAAGCAGUUCGCCUGUUGGAGGUCUUAUUACUGAGCUUUAGGAAACCAGUUAUGAGUUCUGUUGCGAGUUUCCAUUAAAAUGCUGUGUUUAGAAUCCAAAUGGAUUUUAUGGAAAAGCGUUUUGAUGAAGGCGCGGUUUAUGAUAAGCUAGUCAAGUCACUUUCGCUCAAUUAGGUUUAGCUUGUUAGCUCUCUAACUCUUAGAAUGCAUAAUUAUCAUACAGUUUAUCCUCUGGAUGUCAUUUGAAUAAUAUCCCACUUCGUUAGAAAAAAAAUCCUUUUCCCAGCGAACUAGCGAUGAAAAUGAGCCACCUUCUGAGGCAAAGAAGUUCUCUCGAGAAGACAACGAAUUCCCUCGACUAAUUGACAACAGGAAGGGAAAAUUACUGAUCUAUCAGUUCUCGAAGAUUAAGGGGAGGCCACCUGUAGCUCUUUAUGGGAGAGAGAACUGACAGCUGUAAUGUAUUCAGGUGACAAAUAAAGUAAAAUUCAUGAGUCAGUUUUA